AUGAGAAUCAGAGUGAAAACGUUAGAUCGAAAUGAUGAAGAAUUGGACAUUGCCGACGAUGCAAGUCUUGGUACUUUGCGGAAAUUAAUAGAAGAGAGAAUGGGUAUUUUGGAAUCGAGACAACGAAUAAUUUUUCAAGGACAUCCACUUUUGAAUAACGAUCGCCUUCUGAAGGAUUAUGGUAUUGCAGAUGGUUUAACCCUUCACAUGGUAGAACGUCCACUCAAUGCCGGUCCCCCGCCUGGCUUAAAUUCGCAGCACUCUGAUCUCGAACAUAGUGAUGAGCAUAUGGAAAGCACACGAGUCAAUGUGAUAAAUGGUGAAAUGGUUAUCAUACGCAAUGCCAUAUUUCAGGAUGCGGGUAACACAACAGAAUUUGUAAGGGAGACACUUUCGAAUGUAUUAGGUGCUCUCUUAGAUCGUACCUCGGUUGAUGUGGAAACUCAAGACGAUACACCGCGAACUGGUGAUCUGACAUUGCGAGUGCAUAUUCGAGGUGGUGCUGUACGUCACGUCAAUUCUGGAGCACUCAGUCGAAUUAAUUUCAUCUCUGAUGGAUUAAAUCGGAGCGAGCGUACCUUAGAGAUUCUUGAGAAGGAGCCAUUUUCAUCGAUGAUGGUUGAGGGUUAUGAGCGAGUUAUGCCUCCUUUGAGAAGUGAUUUCGAACGCACUAAAUUUGGUGAAACAGUUUUAGAAUUAGAGGAAGUGCUUCAUAUUCGUCGUGCAGAUUUGUCAGAUAAUACCGACACAGGACCGAAAAAUGAAGGAGACGAACCUCAGACAACAAGCUCGACCCCACAGACAACAAGUUCGACACCACAGACAACAAGUUCGACACCACAGACAACAAAUUCGACACCACACAAUAAUACACAGCAGCAGAAUGUGGUUUUAAGAAACGCCACACCGGAGAAUUAUAUGGAAUUACUUCGAAAACUGCUGAGCGUACAAAAUUUGGCAAAUCAUCAUUUAAAGCGUUAUCACGAUAUGAUUCAUAAGCGAAGAAAUAUGCCAAAUAAUCGAGCCAAAUGUAUCGCAUUAUGUUUCGAAGAGAAUUUCCGACGUGUCUUGCACCGUCUUUCGCAUGCCUAUCAUUCAAUUUCCGACAUUUUCGUUAAUUUCUUGGACCCUGAAUCACCUUUGGAACCAAGUUCAGCGGAACAUCAUGACGAACCAACUACUGAGGUUGUUCUUACUCUGGUAUUUGUGGCACAAAAUGAACGGGAUUCUCGCGACAGAUCGGUUUCUGAUGGAGGUCAGCAGCCUGCUGAUGCUAACAUUGGUCAUAUUCACAUGGGUCAUUCACGAGCUUUCCGCUUAUCUCAAUCCAUGAGAGGUGGAUUACGAACUUAUCCCGUUUUAAACCCAACAAUUAGAACACCAACGGUUAUAACAGUUCCAGACAUUAGUGCUGCGGGAAGUCGUACACCAUUCGUAUCUUCUUCAGGUCCACUUCAUGUGCAAAGUGCUCGAUUACAUGUGGCACCUAAUGCAAAUUCCGGAAUGCGUAUGGAAACAUCUGAACCAUUCGAUUUAAAUACCAAUCAAACAGAAGGCGAGAAUCCUAGUGGUCAAUCUGCUUCACCUGAGUCCGAUUCUGCAGGCAAUCAAACAGAGUUUGGUGGAGCAAUAAAUACUGCUGUUCGUGGUGGAAUCCAGAAUUUUAUCCGAAAUAUACUGCCGAAUGCUUUCGGGAACAUAACGUCUAUGCAAACUGGCCAAACCACGGCAUCUGGUACACAAACUGGUGCAAAUACUGUUCGUCGACGACAUCCAGUGAUCAAUAUUCAUAGUCGUCAGCAUCCUGGAUCGAGUCAAAUGCAAUCUUCGGCACGUACAUUCCUAUCUCCUUCAACUCCUACAUUCCAUGGUCCAGGAAUUGUUGGUCAAGUAAUCGUGCGUACAAAUGGACCAGCAAAUGCUGAGGCAGCUCGUCGAGCCCUUGAUGCUGCAAUGCAAGCUGCGACUGCCGCGGUAGGUGAAAAUGGUGUGCAUGUGCAGGUCAACGGAAUGCCACGAAUUUUAUCAUCUGUGGGCAGAAACAGAAGUAAUGUUAUGUGGGCUCGGCGAACAUACACCACUCGAGGAGAUAGAGAAGGAGGUACAGAGCAACCAAGUGAUAUGUUCAUUGGGCCUCAUUAUCCAAAUGACUCAACAAUCUAUACGAAUGAUCCUCAUUUGAACUGUCAGAGCAAUUUAUGCAAUCCUCGGGCAAAUAUUCACAAUUCGACAGCUUAUGAAACACUUAUAGGUGAUCUGUAUCAGGCAACAUUAAGAUAUAAAGAAAGUCUUGAUCCUCAAUCACCUGAGGUUGCUGAUAUAGAAGCUUUGAUACGUCGUUGGGCUGCAUUGAAAAUUCGUAAUGGUUUUUGUUCAGUAUCACUAUUGCAGGAUCGAGUCAGAGGUUUACAUGAUUUGGAUGGUCAUGUUGCCUUAAAUCAGCGAGGGGAAGCACUCUUUGAACGCCCAGAACAUUUCAAAAGUGUUCUAACAGCGAUGUUGCGACGAGCGAUUGCAAAUUUAGCUGAUGCGGAUGCUGAUAUUGCUCAUCGUUUGAAUGCUUCGCAGGGCGAAUAUGAUGUUUCCAAUUAUGGUAUGGUACCGGUAAUUAGCACACCGUUACAUGGAUUCGAAGUUCCGGGUCCACCAAUAGGCUCAAUUGAAUUAGAUGCUGUGGAUAUUGAAACUUUUGAUCCUCCUCAAGAAGUGCAAAUGAGAGAUGAGAAUGUAGAGGAGGAUCAACGUACCAACCGCAGUGACACCACCCAAGAAAGUGCUUUAUCGGAAAUUCAGCCACCCAAUGCUGCUGGUGAUGUUGCGGAUAAUGCAGAAAAUGAUAUGAACAUCAUUGAAAUGAUAAGAACAUUGUCGGACUUGAUGCAAUCAGGGCGUUCAACAACACUUGCGCAGGUGAUGCGUGAGAUAGGGCAACCAGUUACACACCUUGAUACAGGCUUUGUAAAUUUGGUUAUGGUAUUAGCGUACGAAAUAUUGCAAAUUCCUGAAGUUGUGCAAAUACUGAAUGGGAAUUUCUCUUCUUUAAGCAAGAAUCGGCAGCAGAUGCGCCGUUUUCUAAUUCAAAAUGUAUUCAAUGAUAACUGCCGGCCGUCUGAUGAAGAUCUUAAAAAUGCUGCUGAACGUGUGGCACUAGCAGAGGAGAAGUUGGAUCGUUUUCUUGCAUACAGCGAUGUUCAUCGUUACGCGGAUGUUGAUGGUGUUGGUCGAAUAGAUUUAGUUGCUAGUGUGUUGCGCUUGGAAAAACGAAUUGUGGAAGAAUUUCUGCGCCAUUUGAUGCGUACUGAUGAUGAUAUGACGCCGGAAGAGUACUCGAAAGCCAUUGUCGAUAUGUUCACCGCCUAUGUUUAUCGAGCUGUCCUGCUAACAAACUUAUCAAUGAAGGGCCAACCAUAUGAUUACGAGAGUCUUCUUCUUCGUUUCAUGGAGAGACCCGCAAGAGUCACUGAGCACCACCUGUCAGUUUCAAUGGCACAAAUGAGUAUGUCUCAUAUAAGACUUUUGCUGCGUCGGGAAACUCCUUUUACUGUUCAUGACAUGAUGGAAGAUAUUGUUCUUGCAAAUGAACAAGAUCAAGCUGUUGAGUCGAGCAGCUUUACUGCAAACAGUGAAACCGAAUGUGUACCAUCGAAUUCCAGUUUUAAACAUGACGAGUCAGAUAACAUAGACGAUUGUAAAGCUAGAAGAUUGGAUGAUGUAGAGAUGCAGGACGCGCAAGAUGCUCAGCCAAGUCCUACCUGGAAAAAUAUUUUACCAAAGGAAUGGAUAUCAGUAAUUCAAGAUGAUAAAAAUCGUUCGGUGCCUGGAAAUGCAAAAUCAUUUAGCGAUGCGUAUUUAAGUGCUUGUUCAACAAAAAGAAAGGGAAUGAAAGUGACGACAGAAGGCUCUUCCGACGGUGUGGUGUCUUCUGCUGUCAAAAGAUCUUUGGAAGAAGCUGUAUCAAGUUCUGGCUUCACACUUACAAAUAUUCCCAGUUCGACUGAUGAUACAAAUGUGCUGCAAAAUGAGUUUGAUGAUUUGGUGCGACAGCGAGUGGCGAAGGAUGAGAAAUACGACCCUGAAAAAUAUCCGGAAUUGAAUAAAUUUCUGAAAAAGAGAGAUUCUUAG